CAUAGGCAUCAUGAGAUUGCUGCUAGCGUUAGUGUUCGUCCUGGCAGCCCUUGCCCUAACGGAAGCAAGGAAGUGCAACGCGUGUAAUCGCAACGAGUGCGACUGCCAACGGGAGAUCGCCCGGGGUCCCGAUCCUCAGCCGUUUCCGUUUUUUAAGAAGAAAAAAUGUAACGUCACCAAACCGCUGGAGCUAAAACCGAAACCGGACGUGUGCUCGUGCGAACAGGAGUUCCGUAUUCGUCCCUCGGCCUGCGAUCACGUGGAGCCGAAGUUUGCCAAAUCACGAUCCUGCGAGUGUGGCUUCGAAAACCACGAACAACCUGUCCGCAAAUAUCCUGCCGAUCUCAUCAGCCGCCAGCUGGCGAUGGAGUAUGCGAGCAAGAAAAACAUCCCCGAAACGGAUCUGCUCGUGUACGGGCGUCCCGUCAAGCCGCCACCACCACCGAAACAGGAGGCCCUGCGCGAGGAACGCCUGUUCAAAACCAAUCUCCACGUGCUCGAGCUGAAGCCACCGAAGCGGAAGCGCGUGCACUACCGCGUGUACUCGUCGGAAGAAACGGAAGGCGCACCGUGCAAUCCGAAGGAGGAAAGCUACGGUGACAUCUGUUACGGCAAGGUCGAGUUCAAGGAGCCCAAGUUUGAAGUCUUGCGACAAGACGCACCAGUGUGCGACGAGUGUACCGAUGAUCAGAGCACCGAGGAAGAGGUCGACACCACCAGGGAGGAGCAGGAUUCGCCCGAAAAGAAGCCUAAGAAACAUUGCUCCAAGUGUCUGAAGCCGAAGAAGAAGUGCGGCUGUCUGGGCACGUACGACAGCUACGAACGGUACGAUGAUUCGGACGAGUACGAGUAUCCUCUGAACAAGUGCGGACGCUCCGCUCGCUCAUCGGAUGACCCGGAACCAUCUCUGGUGGUCUAG